AUGGACUUCGACGACGACGAGGACGUCGUCGCACGCGCGAAGAGCUCUCCUCCAGCCCACUUCGCCUUCGAUGAUGCCUUCUCCGAUACCGACGACUCGCUCGAGUUCUCUCCCGAGGCUAUUCGCGAAGACAUGGCGAAGAAUCUAGGUGCGACCAGCAGCUUUCAUGCAGACCAUGAAGAGAUGCGGGCUUUCGCCGUCAAGAUUGGAUUUUCCGUCGAUCCUGAUGCCUCGGUAUCGACGCUCGAUAUGCAUACACCGUCCAGGGUGCAUCCCCCACCACCGCCCCCGAUGCAGCGUUCGUUGUCAGAUGCCUCGGAAUUUCCAUCUCAUCCGUCCGAGGACGACUCCUUGUACGACAUUCAGCUGUCCAACCAUCUCUCUGAAGUAACUCUCUCCGACGAUGGGUCCUCACCUUCACCUUCACCUCAACCUCAAGAAGCGGAGCACGACCAUGAAGCCGCCCAAAACCAUACCGCAGCAUACCCUGCCGUACAGAUCGACGUCGCAGAACCUCAUCCUGUCGUUUCAGAACUGCAGGCUACGCCAUCAUCCGGGUCCGAGCAAGAUGUCCUCGCCGAGUUACCUUCCCGCUCCGUUUCGCACGACGAAUUCCGGUCUCGCACACUGGCGUCGCCUGCUAGUGCUGCGUCGACCUCAUCUCUACCCCUUCCCACUUCGACAUCACUCCCAAACCCCAAGUCACCGACGUCAAAUGCUUCCAAUACCUCCAAUAUCUCCAGCACCUCCAAUGCCUCAAACGCUUCCAAUGUCUCUCACGUCUCCAACGCUUCCAAUACCUCUACUAUUUUCUUUCACCGAUCCGCUCGUUCCAUGGGCCCCAGUGCCCUUGACAAGGUCAUCAGCAAGACGCGUCCACCGUUCCUCCCUCCAAAGAGUCGCAAGGAGGACCGGAAGCACAUGGCGGACUGGGAGACCAUGAUGAAGCGCAGCCGAGCGGCGGAGGAGAAACGACGCAAAACAUUGCAGCACCGAAGACUGGAACGCGAGAGAAGGAUCGAGGAGUCCAUCCACAUCUGGCAGCGCGAUAUCGUGCCAGAUUGGACAGUCGUGCAUCGGGACCCAGCAUCUAGGAAACUCUGGUGGGAAGGCAUCCCGACGAAACUCAGGGCUUCGAUGUGGCAGAAUGCUGUCGGAAAUUCACUCGUCCUCGGAAAAGAUGCUUACAAGACAUCUUUAUCGCGAGCAAAACGCGCGCUUGCGUCAGGUACUUUUCCGACGACGGUGCUUGGCUUGCUGGAAGACGACAUUGCGUCGACACUUCCUUCCCUCCAUCUCUUUCGCCCAGAAGUUGGCCCGCUAUACGAGGACCUCAAGGAGAUGCUAUGUGCAUGGGUCGUUUCCCGCUCAGAUGAAGGCUUGGGUUACGUCCCAGGAGUUGCGAAGAUUGCGGCCAUGAUCUUGAUCAAUAUGUCUCCUCCACAAGGGUUCAUUGUCAUGAGGAAUCUCCUAGACCGACAUUGUUUGCGGUCAUUCUAUGGUGGGAUGGCUUCGAGGGACGCCGUUGAAGCAUACUAUAGAAUUUUUGACACUCUAUUGGCCGAUGGGAUGCCGAAGAUAUACUUCAACUUCAAACAGCACCAAAUAUCGCCAGACGCUUACCUGCCUGACUGGUUAAUACCGCUUUUCCUGGAUCACCUUCCCUUCGAAGCGUGUGCUCGAAUAUGGGACAUCAUCCUACUUGAAGGGGAUGCAUUCUUGUAUCGUGCAGCAUUGGCAAUAUUAGCCGUAUUGGAACCUCGGCUGUUCUUCCCGGAUAAGAACGAGCUCUUAGAGCUGCUGAAGGGAGAGAACAAGGCUGCUCUGGAGGUGGCAAAGCGUGACGGGCUUCCCCUCAACGGUGCCAAGUACGAAAUUUACGGUGUGGAUGAAGAGACGCUCUGGGAGCGCAUCGAAAGCAUGGACGAGUGGUGGAGAGCGAGUACGUGGACUAGGCUCAUCCAAAGGGAACUACCAGACUUGUAA